AUGAGGGCCUACGAUACCCAGAGUCUCUGUUACCCUCCUAGAGCACCUGCUACGCCCAAGGGGUGCCCGCUACACUCAGGAGGUGCCCGCUACACCGAGGGGGUUUCCACUACGCUCACAAAGGCACCGCUACGCCCAGGAGGUGCCCGCUACGCCCACAAAAGCACCGCUACGCUCACGAGGUGUCCGCUACGCUCACAAAAGCACCGCUAUGCUCAGGAGGUGUCUGCUAUGCUCACAAAGGCACCGCUACAACCAGGGAGUUCCCGAUACGUUCAGGAAGUCUCCACUACACCGCAGAAUGAUAUAUGA